AUGUUCUCUCUCCUAAAAUGGGCGAAAAGCGCAUUUCGAAAAUGCAAACGUCCCAUUCGUUUCCCCACCAGCGGCUUUGAAACAGUAAAGGCAUCCGAGGUACUUGAAGAGGAGCGAUUUGAAACGUUCAAGAAAGGGCAAUACUAUCCAGUCAAUACUGGGGACGUCUUUCGUUCCAAAUAUCAGAUUGUUGGGAAGCUGGGUUUUGGUGUGACCUCCACAGUGUGGCUUGCUCGUGAUCUUAAAGGUCAUCAAUAUGUGACACUGAAGGUUUAUACACGCGAUGAGGUGAGCCAUGAGGAGUUGCAGACUUAUAAGUAUCUGAACCAGGGACAUCGAUCGCAUCCUGGCUAUGCCCAUGUGAGAAGAGCGCUGGAUUUAUUCACCAUCCCUCGUGCUGGAGGGGACCAUCACUGUCUUGUCCAAAAGCCCAUGUGGGAGAGCUUCAGAGAUCUACUGUAUCGCAAUCCCACCCAUCGAUUUACCGAAGAUCUGCUCAGAGCCAGUCUCAUGCAGGUUUUUCUAGCGUUGGAUUAUAUGCAUACUGAAUGCAAACUUGUCCAUACAGACAUCAAAGGGGAUAACAUUCUCCAAGAAAUAGCAGACGCAGGGAUACUUGAAAGUUUCACUCAAGCGGAAAUGGAGAACCCUUCACCGCGGAAAUUUAUCGACGGUAUGCCACUAUAUGCAUCUAGGAUGUUUGAUUUACCAAAUGCAUUUGGCCGGGCAGUCCUGAGUGACUUUGGCUCAGCUGUACGAGGAGACGAGAGGAGAAAUCAUGAUGCACAACCCAAUGUUUACAGAGCACCAGAGAUGAUGCUGAAAACGGAAUGGAGUUAUCCAGUGGAUAUAUGGAAUGUUGGCGUGAUGAUCUGGGAUUUAUUCGAGGGCAGACACAUGUUUUAUGGCAAUGAUCCAGACGGCAAAGGAUAUUCCACCCGUGCACAUCUCGCGGAAACAAUAGCCAUUCUGGGACCGCCUCCUUUGGAUAUGCUUGAGCGUGGAAAGCGAAGCCAUGAAUUCUUUACUGAAGAUGGCCAAUGGAAGCAUGAAGAUGACUUGCCCCUACAACAAGGAAGCCUAGAGAUGGAGGAAAUGUUUCUCCAGGGACGAAAUAAGGAAAUGUUUCUUGCGUUCAUGAGGGGAAUGCUUCAGUGGCGGCCGGAAGAUAGAAAGACGGCACGAGAACUGCUUGAAGAUCCAUGGCUGAAUGAGAUUGAUUAG